GCACGUAGAUAUGCUGAGUGUGGCUAUCCAGUGGAGCUGUGUCCUCCUCCUCCUGCCUUGCACAGCUGGAGCAUCCACGACACUGAACUAUGCAGUGGCCAUCCCAGCUCAACUCUUCUACCCCUCCUCAGAGACCGUCUGCCUCCAGGUCAACAGAGCCUCAGGGGUCCCUUUCCAGGUGGUGGUCACCCUGCAAACCAAAGCCAGGAAUCAGACGCUCAUCGUACGGUCUAUUUCCCAGCCCAGCUUCUUUGACUGUGCAAGCUUCCAGGUCCCUGCCCCUGCCAAGGGCUCAGAUGAAGUGGCCACUGUGGAAGUCACAGGUUUGGGGGCUGGCUCAGUAUUUCAGGAAAGACAGAAAGUCCUGGUGAAGCUUGUGGCAAAGAGGACCUUCAUCCAGACAGACAAACCUAUGUACAAACCUGGACAGACAGUCAAGUCACGUAUUGUAACCUUGGACCAGAACUUUAUUGCCAGCAAUGAACCGCAUGGCCUGGUGGAGCUGAAGGACCCCAAGGGGAACCGGAUUGGACAGUGGUUGAACGUGACCCCAACUCAAGGCAUUAUAGACCUGUCCUUUCCCUUGGCCGCAGAAGCACUCAUUGGAGAAUACACCAUCAACCUGCCUGGCCUCAGGAACACCUUCAGGGUAGAGGAAUAUGUGCCGCCCAAAUUCAGCCUGGUGAUUCAGAUGCCCCCAGUGGUUACCAUCCUGGAGGAGCAAUUCCAGUUUCAAGCCUGUGGCACGUACACAUAUGGGAAGCCAGUUCACGGCAGAGUGCGGGCCUCUGUGUGCCGUAGGUGGAUACACUAUGGUGGGUACUCACUGAAAACAAAGGCUGAUAUCUGCCAGGAGUUCUCUGGCCAGACAAACCCAGAUGGCUGCUUUGCUGCUAUGGUGGACACGCGGAUCUACAAUCUGACUCUGUACAACAACUACCACUUCAGUUUAGAGGUUGUGGCCUUCCUGAAAGAAAGUGGAACAGGGGUAGAGUUCAACACCACUCAGAGCUGCAGGGUCUCUUCUGCCAUCACUUCUCUUCAGUUUCUGGACAAAAAUAUCUACUACCAGCCAGGAGCCCCCUACUAUGGUAGACUGGAACUCAGAAGUGCAGCUGGGACCCCGCUGAAGAAUAAAGAGGUUCAUCUCUCUGUACACGUCAGCAACAAAGAAGAGACUCAAACCUACCUUACAGACAGUGCAGGAGUGGCCUCCUUCACUUUGGACACUUCUACAUGGACUGAUGGUGCCACAGUUUCAUUGAAGGCAAAAUCCACGUUGGAAAUACCCAGAAGAAGUUUCACAAAAGUCAUUCCAUCCUACGGCACUGACAUCCUGUCUCUGGAGGCCUUCUAUUCUUCCAGCAACAGCUCUGUGAGGAUCCACCCUGUUCAGGGGAUGCUGCCCUGUGGGGAGGAGCAACAAGUUACAGUGAGCUAUCGCCUUUUUGUGACAGAGCUGGAAGAUGGAGCUGCCCAAGUGGAGUUCUACCACCUGGUUUUGGCCAGAGGAUCCCUUAUUCAUUAUGGCCAGAAGACAGUACUUCUUGAUGCCCAACUAGCUCACUAUCAAGGGACCUUCAACGUCAGUCUUCCCAUAAAUGCCAUGUCACCCUCGGCUACCAUGUUGGUUUACACUGCUUUCCCUGAAGGCCGGGUGGCUGCUGACAGCACCACCCUGAAGGUCUCUGAAUGCUUCAGGAACAAUGUGAACCUGGGCUUCUCAGAGAAGAUGGCCCUCCCUGGGUCAGCUGUUCACCUCCAGGUACAAGCGGCACCAGGGUCCAUGUGCAGCAUCCGUGCCGUGGAUCAGAGCAUUCUCCUCAUGAGACAAGAGGCAGAGCUGUCUAGGGCCAGUGUGUACCGCCUGUUCAGCUAUCCUAAGGAGUACCCUGAUGCCAUUAGAGACCCUUACAGUGACCCCUGCAUUAAUUAUCAGCGUCGCAAGAGGAGUCCUGGGGUCUCAGCAUCUCCAGGCACUUCUACCGCUGUGGAUCAGACUACCAUGGCUCCAACAAUGCUUCCUCCUAAAGUAAUUUCAUCCUUCAUGCAGAGGGACUACCCCACCUAUUCCUACCCCGUGUCUCUGCCAGACCUACAUGAAGUUCUAAAGAACAUAGGUUUGAAAUUUUUGACCAACCUUCAAAUCAAGUCUCCUGUUGAGUGCCGCAGCGAGGACCAUUACUACCUGGACUUUCCAGUGUCUGAGUUUGAUUAUGAAGGAAUGGAUGAAAAAUCAUAUGUUGUAACCAGUAUGGGCUCUGCUGAGAAAGAAGAGGCAGCUAGUCCUAGCAAUGAGCCAGAAAUCAGUGAGGCAGGUGGUGAAGCCAUGCAGCCCCGCUCCUGGUUCCCUGAGACCUUCAUAUGGAGUUUGGUCCCCAUCAAUGACUCUGGGGUGGCUGAGCUACCUGUCACAGUCCCUGAUACAAUCACAGACUGGAAGGCCAUGACAUUCUGCACAUCGGAGUACAGUGGUCUGGGAAUAUCUGAGACUGUCAGCCUCCGGGUCUUCAAGCCCUUCUUCGUGGAACCAGCCUUGCCCUACUCCGCAGUCCGGGGGGAGUCCUUUCCCCUGACAGUCAAGGUCUUCAGCUACUUGAAGCAGUGUAUGGUGAUUCAGCUUAGUGUCAUGGACUCUGGGGAUUUCGAGUUUGUGCAAUCAAAUGUCAAGUUCACUGCCUGCCUUUGCCCUGACUUGGCAAAAACCUUUUUCUGGGAUGUGAAGGCUACAAAACUGGGGGAGGUGAAUUUCACCAUCACCGCCAACGCGACUGAACAAGAAGGUGUUUGCACAGAGCAUGUAGCCGUCAUGCCAGAGACUGGAGGAAAAGACAUAGUGAUUAAACCCCUGCUGGUGAAGGCAGAAGGGCUCCUGGAGGAGAACACUCAUACCUCUCUGCUGUGCCCCAAAGGGGAACCUGUUUCAGAGACCAUCACUCUCGCUUUGCCAGAGAAUGUGGUGCAAGGAUCGGAGAGAGCCUAUGUUUCUUUCCUAGGAGACAUCAUGGGAUCAGCUCUGCAAAACCUAGAUCGACUCCUCCAGAUGUCCAGUGGCUGUGGAGAGCAGAACAUGGUCCGCUUUGCCCCCAAUGUUUUUAUUACACGGUACCUGGAGGAUACAGGGCAGCUGACUCUGAAGACCAAACAGAAGGCUGUUGGCUACUUGAAAAGUGGAUACCAGCGGCAGCUCCGGUACAAGCACAUAGAUGGCUCAUACAGUGCCUUUGGGGAAGGCAGUGGGCCAGGGAACACCUGGCUGACUGCCCUGGUGCUCAAGACCUUCAGCCAAGCCCAGCACUUCAUCCCCAUCGAUGAGAAGAACAUCAAGGAUGCUGCCAGUGCACUGGCUACAAGCCAGGCUCCAUCUGGCUGCUUCAAGAGCAUGGGGAAGCUGUUCAACAAUGGCUUGAUGGGCGCAGUGGAGGAAGGACUGGGGCUGAGCUCUGCCAUCAUCUCAGCCCUCAUCCACUCAGGGAUGCCGCACUCUGACCCAGUCUUACGAAAAGCUCUGAAGUGCAUAAAGGACCUAGUCACUGCAGAGGCUGGAGGCUCCAACCUGUACAGCCAGGCACUAGCGGCCAAAGCCUUUGCACUGGCUAGAGACAAGGCUAUGAGGCAGAUCAUACUUAAAAGACUGGAUAAAGCAGCCAUUGUAUCAGAUGACCAAAUCUACUGGACCCAAGAGCUAAAACAAAAGGAGAGCUCCUCAUACUGGUAUCGAGCCCCAUCUGUGGAAGUGGAGCUGACAUCGACCAUCCUCAUGGCCCACCUCUUGAAGCCCAGCUUGUCCUCUGCUGACAUCAUAAGGGCCUCCAAGAUCGUGGCCUGGCUAACUAGGCAGCAGAACCCCUAUGGCGGUUUUGCCUCCACACAGGACACCAUGGUUGCCCUUGAAGCCCUGGCUAUGUAUGCAACCAAGACCUUCCGCAAGGAUGGCCCUGACCUCCGUGUUUCCAUCUCCUCUACUGGCUUCCGUCACAGGAUCCGCAUCAACAAUGCCAAUCGGCUCCUGCUGCAGACUCUGGACCUGCCUGCCAUCCCUGGCAGCUACACUGUGCAGACUCAGGGCCGUGGGUGCCUCUUCAUGCAGACCACGUUGCGAUACCACAUCCCCCCACCAUGGAGCGACCUCACCUUUGCCCUGUCUGUACAGACGGAGUGCACCCAGCCAAAUGCCACGCUGUUUCCUGUCACCAUUCGCACACGCUACACAGGGAACCGUGUGUCCACCAACAUGGUCCUGAUUGAGGUGAAGAUGCUGUCCGGUUACAGCCCAACAGCGGACUCACUAGAAGAGUUAAAGAAAAGGCCUUUGGUAAAAAAAGUCGAAAGAGAAGUUGACCAAGUAACGCUCUACCUGGAUGAACUGACCCGGGACCCUCAGGACUACACCUUUAUGGUACAGCAGGACAUCCCUGUGAAGGACCUAAGGCCAGCCAAUGUUAAGAUCUAUGAUUACUACAUGCCAGAUGAAAGUACUGUGAUGGAGUACAGUGCUCCUUGCCUGUGAGGCUCGGUCCUCCUGCAGGGACAUUCAGUGGGAGCUCCCUUGACUCCAGAAUUGUAAUGAAAUUGUGCAACUUAACAAGGGGAUAAGAAGGACAGACACAGCACUUGUCUACAAAUCGAUGAAGGCCCAAUAACCAGUAAGCCUGGUCUGACUGAAGAAGUGUUUCCUUUCAGUGAAGGAUCCAUGAGACAGUGGAAAUGUCUCACCAAGGGAAGAGAUAAAAGCCUCUCCACUUCAACUGUUUAAAGCCAAAACUAGACAAAGCCCUGGAGAACAAGGAAAAAUCCUCCACUAAACCUUGUGGUUGUACAUAAGAUGUGAUUUUAUAUCCUCAAAUAACACUCAGAGACUGUUCCUAAGCCAUAUUUCCCAGGGCAAAUACAUUACUAAUAUGUUUCAUAGCUGUAUAAUCUUCCUAUAGCAGCACCCCACCACACACCCCUCCCCUCACUAUCUACUUGUAUGUCCCAGUACAUGAUCACAGGGGAAGCCCUAUUACUGACCAGUGCAGAGCAUUUACCUUCUUUGGGGCACAACAAGGAGCUGUGAGCCUUUUCCACCAGCACUCCCUCUGGCUGUUGGGGGAAAGGUCAGCAAUAUCAGGGGUAGUGAAGAGAAGAUAAAAAUGGGGAAACAAGUAGGUUACAGACAGAACAGGUCAACAACCCAUCUCCUACCUCAAUAUCCCAGAGUGUGGAUCAUCUCUUCCAUAAGAAAUGUCACUUUUUAAAAAAUUUGUUUUCAUUCCAAAAGGGAAUGAAACUAAAUAUUUUCAGGAUUUCCUGUAAAACCAAAAUGCUAAAAACAAGAAAUCCAUUUAAAUACAUUUUAUUUUAAAAAAAGGGAAUGUAUUUUUUAAAAUCCUUUUGGCCUCUAUCUUAUUUCUAUUAUUCAACAUUAUUUCCUGAUAUGUCACUAACAGUAGUGCAUAACAAAAUGUCUAAAAAUUGUUUUAUUAAAAAAAAGGGCUGUUAAUACAGAAAGAAACAUUUUCACUUGUUUCUAAACUGAGGUAUCUCUUGUGCUUUCCUGGAAUAGGAUUACACCUAAAUGCUGGAGGCUGCAAAUGGGAGAGGAACAGUCUUACCCUGUUUACUCUCCCUUUCGGUAUAUACUCUCUGCCACUGUGAGACAGGGUCUUUGGUAAGAUGGAGCUGUGGUCUGACCUAGGAAAUGGCAGUUCUUGUGUUUUUAUUUUAAAUCUUAUUUUCCUGUUGAAAGUCUCAGUGUCAAACUGCUUUGUUUCAAAUAGGACCAUUUUGGAAAAUAUGUUAAGAUAGUUUCAGUCUGCAUUCAAUAGCAACUGCCCUUCAUAUUUAAAAAGAAAUAUAUAAACUAUUAACUUAUAUUAUAUCAUGAUGCAUUGUGAAGCAUCAGAAGCAACAGUUUAUAAAUGACAUGUAAUACCUCUAUAAUAUAUGACCUUACUUGAUAUGUGGUUAUAUUACAAGCACUAUUACUAUUGACGUCAUAAAUAAUGUAAAAUGGAAAUAACAUAAAAAUAAAACCACACAAAAUAAAUUAUAAGACGAAAUGGA